AUGCAAGCCAAGGCUACGAUCGAGGCUGAGGCUGAGCAAUCUGCCCGCAUGCUUACCUUGACACAAACACCAUCGACCUUCGGAUUACACAAGCUACCAUUAUCACUCGAGGAGUGGUCAUCGCGAUCAGCUUCCUUCGCCCUGUUUCACCAGAGCACAUGCACUAUGAGCAAAGCCAUAUCUUCAGCCAACGCAAAGUCGGAUCACUACCGCCACCAUCCUCUCAGUCUCACACGGGACCAAUUUCGCCUCAUUAAGAUCAGUCCUGGCAGACUGAACGAAGGUAUUCUUUGCCAAGUUCGACACUUCGACAGAGCCGGAAAGGACGCGUAUGGAUCGUACACUGCGCUAUCGUAUACUUGGGGUGAAGUGGAGGCUGUAGGUCCAAUCUAUAUGCAAACCGUUGGCGCGAACGAGAAUAACUUUCCAGCGCCGUUCACUGUCACGCAGAACCUAGCGGAUAUUCUGCGCCACAUAAUUGUUGCAAGGGAGACUGAUCCAGGUGACGCAAGAUGGAAAGGUUGGUGGUGGAUUGAUGCAUUGUGCAUCAUCCAGACUGAGAACGACCCCGAAAAAGACAGACAGAUAAAGCUUAUGCCGGCAACCUACAGCGAAGCGGGGGAGGUGUACGCGUGGAUUGGGCGGGGUACCGAACGGACAAACACAGCAAUAGACUUCAUGGACCGAAGAUCCCGCGAUGCAGAGUUAGCAGAGCUGUCAUCUGCAUCUAUCUACAGAUGGAACCAGUUCCCCGAUCUUCCCUCAUGCAUUGGGGAAGUUUUCGCGCGGCCGUACUGGAGAAGACUGUGGAUAAUACAAGAGUUGUCUAUGUCCUCGAAGAAAACCACGAUAGCUUGUGGACACUUUGAAACCUCACUACAAGCGCUCUAUGACUACGCUGAGGAUGUAGACAGUAUGGAUCCCGAGGAGCUAGCUUCUGAGCCUCUGCAAAUAGCUCGUGAACAAACGAGGCGCAGUGUGACUCAGACUGUGUCGGCUUUAUCGACUCCAGUUACUGACACUUCGUCUCUAUCAGAGCUUUCAGAAACCCCCUCUUCGGAGGUGGGCAGUGUGAGCUUUGGAGGCUCAGGUGUUGCAGACGUGGAUGAAGACUCUGCAGGCGAGUACCGAAGCGACAACAACAACACAUACGAUGACCAGAGGGAGGCCGAACGCACUCUGAAGCAUACUAAAAUCGCAUGCGCAAAGGAUCGCCUUGGAGGCACUAUCAGCGACAAUGUGUAUGCUUGUCCACGCUGCAAAUCCCAUAUGUCUAAGAAGUAUUCUACAGAGCGUCACAUCAAAGACUCCUGCUGGAAAGUCUGCGACGAGUGCUGCGAAUCCAACAAUGCUACGUGUGACGCCUUCUACGUCCAAGACGCAUGCAAACAUUGUGUAAAGCAGGGAUUGAAAUGCACCAAACAUACCGAACCAAUGUCAGAUUGUGUCCCUGAGUUGCUCACAGGUGUACAUCCGCGGCCAUACAAGUCAACUCCAAGGGCUACUCGUGCCGGUACAACUUCGAAGCGAGAUAGAGGCAAACGCAAAGCCACCCAGUCACCAAGCGCGAGCCCAAACUCCAAACCUUUCGUCAAACGCUCAGCAGCUGUUGCUGACAGGGAAGAGAGGCGAGCAAUCGUCGAACCAGAUGAUAACGCCGUACGUCCAGAUCCAUUGGAUAAGCCGCAGUUCACUGCAGACGAGAAGGCCCGGGAACGGAAACGUGCUGAGGACAACGUUCCGGUCACUGGCGAUCAUGUUCAGAAUUACCAAGAUUUACGAUAUUACGUUCCAAUCGCACCGCCAUCUCGACAAACAAUCAUGCCCCAGCGCAGGCAACAAGGUCAAAGGCUGUCACAGUCGUCGUUGCCUUCGCGCAUGCUACGCUUGACGCCCGGUCAGCAACACGAUGGUCGCGAUGUCGUGACUGUCGAUGAAGCUCUACGUCGUUGGCCACAAACACACAAUAGUGCCGGUCGUAUGUUUUAUAUCGUGGACGGGAAUGGAGAGGUCUUGAGUCAGUCCAUGAUCGAGGGUAACGAGCUCCUCCAGAACGUACGCCGUCAACAAGCUCGUAUUGAAGUAUGGGCAGCUCGGUACGACGACGCAUUUCGCGUAAACCAGGUGCCUCCACCAGUUGAUCCAGUAUUCCCACCACAGAACGCUCGUCGCACUAGUUUCAACGAGGCACACCCCCCGGUGUCUCGCUUGAACCGCUUCCGCCCUGUCCAAUCAGCCAACUUCGAGAUGUAUGAAGACGCUGCUCGUCGAAAGCUGCAAUCAAAAGACUUUGUUGCUAGUGCGCCAGGAUCUCGUAUGCCGUCUCGUCAGUCAUCGCCUCAACCGUCCCCACAUCUAGGCGCGCCGGCACGUCUGCCGUCAUCUGAGCAGCCUCGAGGAAUAAAUCUGGUGCCUCAUACUACGAAGGGAUACGUUGGUCGGGAGAUCACUCAGCCCAUCUCCCUGCAACUCUCGACGCGUAUGAUAGCUGACGAGAACGAUCCUGUUCUAAGGCUUCGCAUCCACAGCAACACAUAUGAUAUCAACAACACCCCAAUCUUCUCCAUCCUCACGAUUCGCGCAUCACGAAAUUUCGGCCCUCAUCUAGACGCCUAUUGUCGACAGCGAAACAAACAGUACGGGGUAGAUUGGGCGUUCAUCUACCGAUAUGCUCUGGGUGGGCCUUGGGAUGUGCAACGCGAACGUUAUAUCAAGAUUGACUACGACAUGACUCCAAACGACGUACAAGACACCGAGCGCCCCGAGAUUAAACUCCGUGACAUGGACACUCUCAUGGUCAUGAAAGCAAAGUCCCCUACGGCAGUCAUGGUCGAGAGUAGUCAUGAUGGAAUCGAGAUUCCACAAUCGCCUAUCGGCUCACAAGUCUCUGAAGAACAAGUCGAUAUCAUCAACGGAGAGACUUCGGUUUAUCAGAACGCCGGCACCAUCGCGAACUGGCACCGCCUUGUUGAUACUAAGAUGGUGGAGUUACGUGGUGAGAUUGUCGGCCUCAGUCAGGAAAAUCAGCUUCAGAAGACAGUUAUAGCGCAGCAAACGGAGAUGCUCCAUGAUUUGGUCAAGCGCAACAAUGAUCUGAUACAGGGUAACUAUGGCCGUGUAGCUUGCCGUGUUGGACACGUUCUCCCUUCUACUGCUCAAUACACCGACAGUCUCGGUACUGCCUCUCAACGUGGUCCAGUAGUCCAGCAUAGCCCUUUUCUAGAUCGCCUAGAAGCUGUUCGCCAACCUACCGAGCAUAUCGCAUUGAAGAAACCAAACCAGCAAUAUCGCUUCCCAACAUCUGCUCAUGGAAUGCAAGGUCGUUAUCCUAUGUAUCAUAGUGGCGCACCCAAGACAUCACCAGAUCUCCAGCAAAGCGGUGUACCUAAGAUGCAUCCUGCGCAGUUUGCUGUCCAUGGUUCAACUCCUCUACUUCAAGGUCCCAAUGGCGGUGAUGAUGGCUGGAAUAUGGACAAAGCUGCAUGA